GUAAAAGCUAUUUUUGGAGACACUAGUCUCUACCUUCUUGGUGUAACUGUUUUCGUCUCGUCAAUCCAUCUUCUUUUCGAUAUACUGUCAUUCAAGAAUGACAUAUCCUUCUGGCGUAGCCGCGAAUCCAUGGUUGGCCUCUCGUCCAAGGCUCUGCUGUGGCGAUGUUUUUCGUAUACAGUUAUUUUCUUCUAUCUUAAAGAUCAGAACACUAGUCUUCUUGUGAUUGUUCCUGCUGGAAUCUCCGUUCUUAUUGAGUUCUGGAAGUUGAAAAAGGCUUUCAAGGUGACGUUCACACGGCGUGGAUUAAAGUUUGGAAAGCACUCAGCCGAGGAAGCGGAGACCGAUGCAUUCGAUAAUGAAGCUAUGAAAUACCUGGCAUGGCUGAUGACUCCUCUCUGCAUCGGAGGAGCCAUUUACAGCUUGAUGUAUGUACCACAUAAGUCGUGGUAUAGCUGGGUGCUUGAGUCAAUGGCGAAUGGAGUCUAUGCGUUUGGUUUCUUGUUCAUGCUUCCUCAGUUGUUUGUAAAUUAUAAGCUGAAAAGUGUGGCCCAUCUACCAUGGAGAGCUUUCACGUACAAGGCUUUCAAUACCUUCAUCGAUGAUCUGUUUGCCUUCAUUAUAGUCAUGCCAACUUCUCAUCGAGUUGCAUGCUUUCGCGAUGAUAUCGUGUUCCUGAUCUACCUAUACCAGCGCUAUCUUUAUCCCGUCGAUUACACACGAAUCAACGAAUUUGGCCAGAAAGGGCGAAGAGACAUCAGAUGA